AAGGUCAGCUGAUCAUCCACUCAUUCAGCCUGGUGAGCAAGCAAGCAGCCUGUCCGAAGCUAGCCUGCUACCUACCUGUUUAUCUACGCUACGAGGCCGAGCAACCCACACUCCCAAAGAUGGCUGACACAAACCAACAAAGCCCUCCUCCCCAGCUAGGGCCGCUGCAAUUUUUAAUGAGUAACAAGCUGGAAACUGCAAUGUGGCUUUCACGACUCUUCACAGUCUACUGCUCCGUAAUGUUUAUUCUACCAAUUCUGGGACCCUAUGCAGCAGCAAACUUCUAUCAGCGAGCCUUGUUAGCGAACGCCCUCACCAGUGCCCUCCGCUUGCAUCAACGGCUACCACGCUUUCAGCUGAGCAGAGCUUUCCUGGCCCAGGCUCUUCAGGAGGAUAGCUGCCAUUACCUGCUCUACUCGCUCAUCCUGGUCAACUCCUACCCCAUCACAAUGAGUAUCUUCCCAGUCUUUCUCUUCUCUUUGCUUCAUGCAACCACCUACACAAAGAAAGUCCUUGAUUCUCUGGGCCCCAGCAGCCUGAUGUUCAUCAGAAACCUCCUGGACAAACUCUCAUCCAAUCAGCAGAACAUCCUGAAGUUCAUCGCCUGCAAUGAGAUCUUCUUGAUGCCAGCCACUGCUUUUAUGCUCUUCAGUGGCCAGGGAAGCUUGCUGCUGCCUUUCAUUUACUACCGGUUCCUCACCCUCCGCUACACAUCCAGAAGAAACCCAUACUGCCGCACCUUGUUCACAGAGCUGCGAAUUCUUCUGGAGCACUUUAUCAUGAAGCCUGCCUGCCCCGCCUUCUUCAGGAAGAUGUGCCUCAGCAGCAUCGCCUUCAUCAGCCGCCUCGCCCCCACGGGGGUCUGAGUAAAACUCCAUAGAAGUUCUGGUUUCUUAUUUUUUUUUCCUUUUUUUUUUUUUUUUUUUUUUUUUUUUUUUUUCACCAUUUAAGAUGUGACUUAAACUUUGAUGAGGACAGACGUUGCCAUCAACAGAAGGAACUGUUUUUUGAAUGUCAACUUUGCAGCCUCUGCUCCAACUUCUCUGUAUGUCUGAGUACGGUUCAAGAGCAGCCAGUAAAUGCACUGAAGUCUCAUGGUGAUAUUUCUUUUCCCAUCUUCUUAAUGUGACCUCAUUCAAGCAGUGGACAGCACUCACUUUGUCACGUUCACUGAAUGCAGCACAGUAGACAUCAACUGUGAUCUGUACGUACCGGCUGUUAUUAUUUUUUCCUUUUUAUGUCUUUAUUUAUUCAUAAAAAUCAUUUAUUCUAUGAUGAAACAUUAACAUUUUGAGAUUAGUAACUUAAAUGAAACGUGCUUAAACAUAAUUAAAAAUGUUCUUUUUUUUAACAUGAUCAUGUUGUGCUUGGAUAGAUUGGAGGAUGGGGUUUGUUCGCAGCUUCUAUGUGGUCCAAUUCCUUUUUUUUAAUGUGCAAAGCCUAAAUUGAAAUGUGUUCUAGUAUGCCAUUAACCCACUCUUUUAACAACUUGCAAAAUCUUUGUAUGGAUGAUGUCAAAAUGGCUGUUGAAUUGAGAAACAAGAUAUCUGCUGUAUUUUAUAGAAUAUUUUAAGGUACCAGACAUUUUGCCGUAGGAUUCAUACUUGGAAAGAGUUGCACAAUGCCUGUCAUGUUUUGAAUGCAUAUUCACCUUGUUUAUCAGUUUGAAAGCUGUUUUGAAUUUGCUCCAUUUAUUUGUUGCUAUGUAGUUUUCAUGCUUAAUGCAUGCUGUCAUUUCUUUUUUUUUUUCUGCCAUGUUUAAUGUGUUUAUUUGCCUACAGACAACCACAUUUUUAUGACAAGAAUAAAAUGAUCUCUUAAUUAAACCAAUA